CUAUUACUUAUUAAAGACUUAGAAAAUAAUUGGAUGUAUGAUGAGUGGCGAAUACAAUUUAUUGAUGCUGAUCACCUUCCUCUUAACUCUAAUGGACGAAAUCUAUUAACUACUAAUAAUUUUACUGAAAGAAUGAAUCGAACAAUUGAAUCACAAUUAUCAGAAAAGCAAAUAGUUGUUACAUUUAUUGAAUAA